AUGGCACCCAAAACAGCGCGCGCGCCCAGCGUGAGAAAGACAGCAGAUCAAGUCGCGGCAGCAGCAGACGAUCUGGCGCAGCAUGGCUUCGAGUUUGGCGGACCCAUCCUCACGACCAUCCUGACCCUCCUCCUACCACCCCUCGUAUACGUAUUCGCGUUCCUGUGCAACGAUGUCUCUGGCUGCCCAGCACCCGUCAUUCUGUCUCCCGCCAAGCUAUUCACGGCUCCGACACUGUCUACGAAAUCAGGAUGGCAGCAUGGAUUGGAUACGCUGAAACAUGAGGUGGGAUGGCCGGGGUGGACAGGCUUGCUCAACGUCGAGGCAGUACUUGGGACGGUCGCGUGGUACGGCCUGAGCCUGGCGCUGUGGGCUUUGCUGCCCGCAUAUGAAGUCGAGGGGACUGAGCUCGCGACUGGAGGGCGACUGAAGUAUCGCAUGAAUGCAUUCUUCUCUGCAGUCGCCAUCAUGAUCACCUGCGCUGCCGGCACUUGGGUCUCUGGCCCGGAUUUCCAGGUCUGGACUUUCAUCAACCGGCACUACGUCCAGCUUAUUACGGCCAACGUUAUCGUAUCCUACGCACUGGCAGCGUGGGUGUUCUUGAGGUCAUACUCGGUCAAAGCGCACAACAAGGAGAAGCGCGAACUCGCAGCUGGUGGCCACACUGGCAACAUUCUCUACGACUUCUUCAUCGGACGCGAGCUCAACCCGCGUGUUGUUGUUCCAUUUUUCGGCGAAGUCGACAUCAAAGCAUUCAUGGAGCUGCGACCAGGCAUGCUGGGCUGGAUCAUGCUCGAUCUCGCAUUUGCCGCCAAGCAGUACAAGAGCUACGGCUACAUCACCGACUCGAUGCUCAUGGUAAUCAUCUCCCAGUCAGUCUACGUCUUUGACGCCCUCUACAUGGAAGAGGCCAUCCUCACCACCAUGGACAUCACUCGAGACGGCUUCGGCUUCAUGCUGUCGUUCGGCGACCUUGUCUGGGUGCCGUUCAUCUACAGCCUGCAAGCCAAAUACCUCUCAGUGCACCCGGUCGCUCUUGGACCCUCCUACGUCCUGCUCAUCCUAGCUGUCCAAGCCACAGGCUACUACAUCUUCCGCUCCAGCAACAGCCAGAAGAAUCGCUUCCGCUCCAACCCAUCCGACCCGUCCAAUGCCAAACUCACAUCCAUCAAGACCGCCAAUGGCUCCCGCCUCCUCACAUCAGGCUGGUGGGGCAUGGCACGCCACAUCAACUACCUUGGUGAUUUCAUCCUGUCUUGGUCUUACUGCCUGCCAACACUCGCUGCGGGCUACAAGCUCACGCCUUCGAUCCUCUACCCCGGCACCAGACUGGUGAGCACUGAAGGCAUGAAGGGCUGGGCCAUACCGAUCACGUACUUCUACCUGAUCUACUUCGCCGUCCUUCUUGUCCACCGAGAGAGGAGAGACGAGGAGAAGUGCAGACACAAGUAUGGCAAGGACUGGGAGGAGUACUGCCGGCAGGUAAGGUGGAGGAUCAUACCCGGCAUCUACUAG